UUUACUCCCAGCGCUCCUUACGUAUACAUUGUGGACUUUGGUUCAGUGUUUUGAAGAACUUCAAGUCUUGUCAAGAAAAUGGUCGACGUUCGUUCUUUGAGCGCUUUUGUCCUCCUCGCAUUUGCCUUCUUUCUGUCGUUUAGUGUGGUAAGUUUAUAUCAUUCGGUUAAAUUGUUACAUAAUAGAACGAUGUCAAAGUGCGCGUAAAUAAAUAUACAGCUCAUAUGCGAGUUGUGUAUGGAAUUUUGUUGUUUAAAACUGACUUCAAGCAUGCCUAAUUCACUGAUGAAUUCAAGAUGUGUAUUGGGUUGUCCGCAUUGUCGAACAGUCUCAUAGAUUGUUGAUUUAACCUACUAGGAUUACUAAAGCUCAAUUUAGCUCAUCUAUUGUCAAUCUACACAUUUUAAAAUGGCCAUUGAACUACUAUAAAAUGUAUAAGGCGUACAAGAGCGAAUUUGUUCGAACAAGCUUGUAGCUGCAGAGUAUUCAUAAAUCAUAUAAUAGCUUUGUCCGUAGCGCUUUGUCUUGUUCUGUGGCCAGCGAAUUGAAAAGAAAUUGCUUCAAUGAUCCUUAGACGAUUUCCGGAGCUUCGAAUUAUUGGAUUAUUCUAGAUUAUUCUAGCAAAGGAAUAAGGCUUGGCAAACAAAAAAAUGUAGAAUAUUUUGACAGCGUUUACAAGCGAUACAGGGCCUCUUAGCCAUAUCACACGUUUGGAAGCACUUGUGCAUGAUUCCAAUGUAAAAUGCGGUUCAUUUUAUCUGAUUUUAUUGAAGGAGUUGUGUACAUGGUUCAACGACGCGUAAGAUAUUGAAUUUAGGCACUUACUUACACACGUUGGCUUUCAAGUGUGUUAAUAAAGCCAUACACUACUUCAGGUUGCUGUACUCUUAUAAAAAUGGAAUAUUAAAAUAUUUUCAAGUUCAAAAAUAACAUUUUCGAAGCUGUUACGAACUGCAAAUCGCGGCAUUUUGAAGCAACAGAGCAUAACAUUUAAUUGUUGGGUUGUUAUGGUCAUGAUGUGGCAAUUAAUUAAUAGCAGCAGCAGUUCUUUGUUUGUUAACAGGGGGGAGAGGUGAAAAGCUCAAUUUUUUCCUCCUUGUUUGACUACAGCAAAAUAAUACUAUUCCCCAUUCAAAGAUUUAUUGAAAUUUUAUUAAACUUCAUUGAAAGUUGCACAGUGGAUUGGAAGUUACAUGUAGCUCAAAUAUGGUGAUUUGUUAAAUAAAUCCCAAUAAAAAUUUGUUAAUCCUAAUAAAAAUAUCUUGUAUGAAAUAUUCUGCAAUAUUUCGUGGAAUAUGCAACACACUGAUUGCAUUGCCAAGAGUUCUGGAAGGAGGGGCUCGUUGUUGCACCACCGAAAUUCAGGAAGUUUAACACGUAAAGUUGAAUUGCCAGUUGAAAGCAUGAUCGAGCUUGAAAAAUCACGAAAUUUUCAAACUGAUUCAAACAAUAAUUGAGACUGUAAUUAAAAGUGGUAAAAUUUUUCAGUGCUUUAUAAUAAAUUGAACCCAGAGACCCUCAAACUGAUUGUCUGUAGUUCAUUACUGCAGUAGUUUUAUGCCUCAGGAUUAAAAAAACUCUGUAAAUUGUGUGUCAAGUUGCCUGUCAUUUCUCCAGCCAAUCAAGGUAAUGACAGGGUAUAUUAUAGUUGCUGUAAUAUACAGACUUUUGGGUAUUCAAAAUAGAAUUUUGCCAUACAGAUGUACUGUAUAUAGUAAUUUGUAAAAAAUGCCACCGGCAUGUGACAUCUGACUCUUUACUGACUAGGUAAUAUGUUAAAAUACUAUUUGUUUAUGGAAUAGUUUUUGUAGUUUUUCAAAUGAAAACAUUACAUAUUUUAGACCUAUAGUUAUUAACUUAAUAGAGCUGGUGUGAAAAAUGGCAACUAUGACUAGCUAGCGAGCUGCAGUGCAAUUGCAAUGCACUGAGCUUACAGUCAGUCUUAGUUGCCAAGAGCUGACAACAACUUAAUGUCGAUGGUGAUCAAUGCCAUUUGGGCACAGAAUAGGAAGGUAUAGCAGAAGCGUAACUCAAGCAAGUAUUUGUCUGCGUUUUUACAAGCAAUUCAUCAUCAAUCACGCCAUCCUGGCUAGUACAACCGGCACUUUGUACCUACCAAAACCUGAUAAAAACUUCUGGUUGUACUAGCCAGGAUGGCGUGGCCUGGCGUGAGCGGGUUAAAAUUUUCGUGGAUGUAAAAAAACAAAGGAGUGAGACUUCUGCUAUACCUUCCUUUUCCGUGAUUUGGGGCCCUCCAUUAAUAGUACGUAUGCAUGGGAGGGGGGCACUAGGGGAUAUAAUUGAUGCAUACAGACAUUUGGUUACAAGAGGGGGAGGGAUUGAACCAUUUGUUCAUACAUAUGUUACAGUAUGCAAAUUUAUUUUUCAAACCUUGUAUACUUAAUAAAUAAUUAGUGUAUUAUAUUUAUUUUGAUAUUAUUAUGUAGAGUGCAGAAGGUUUUGGUAACUCAACCACAAAUAUAACCACAAAUAUAACAAAUGGUUCCGAGCCGGAAAUAUAUGAUAAAUGUAAGGAAGAGAGAUUUACCAGAUACCCAUGUUCAAGUACUGUAAGUAUUACCAUUACAAGACUAUAAUAAAUGAGUUAGUAAUAUUAAUUAAUAAGAAAAUUCUGAUUUGGUUGAUCAUUGACAGCAAUGACUCUAAUGUUUUGUAUAAUUAUAUUCAUUUGACAUUGAAUAUAAAUAGUCGAAGAGUGUAAAAGUUUAAACUGGGUUGCUAUAUCUGUUGGUGCUCGAUCAAGAGUAUAUUAGUAUUUUGUACUGCAGAUAGUCCCAUUAACCGGCCAUUGAGCACCAUGCAUAUAGCUGAUAAAAGUUGACAUUCAACAAACAGUUGAUUUAAACCACUGGCUCAGAGUCACUGUGCACUGCACAAAGUUUCAAAGUGACGGUGCUAUAAAUCAAUACAUUGUGUUUCCGAAAGAUCAUCUCAAAUGAAAAAAUCCACAGAUUGAGUAUGUCCGGACUAUUACUGUAGUAAUACCCACUUAGAGGGCCAGCUGAGUGCUCUUCCCUAAUCAGAAAAGUAAAAUUGUCAGGCCUUAAUUAGACAGAGUAAAAUAAUAAAGUGGGGUGUGCAAUGUGACUCAAUGGACUUAUAAGGCUCGUAACAAAUGUUGUAUCAAAAGUUUUGUGAUCGACCCAUAUAAGUACAUCAUUCUCAUAGUGUUGGUAUUUAAUAUUUUAUAGAUAAUUGGCAAUAUUCUCCUUAUUGUUUUCUAUGGUGCAUUGCUUAUGGUUGCAGCAAAAUUGAUUUCAGGUAUUCAAGAAGAGGAUCGAUUCACUGAUUUCAUUCCAGUUUUGUGGCAAGAUUUGUCCCAGAAUGAUACUGCUAGCUAGCUACAUAAGGCCUAAAAAAAACAACCUGUGGUUCCGAUUUCAUAUAUAACGUAUAUAACGUAUACUCAAAUUGUCUUCCAGUGUGAAGAAAAUAAUGUCAUUUCUGAGACCCUAGAUUUUGUUGGUAUCCAUUGGGAGGAUCAGCCCCUUUGCCCCUUGUACAGUUCAGCUUAUAAUGGUACUGGGUGCAGAUUGAGAAUGUUAUUUAAAGUACAAGAUGUACAGGACAAUUAGAAUAAGUGUAAUCCAGCUGAUUGCAUGUCCGAGACGUUUGAUUGAAAUCAUGGAAAUCAGUUUUCAACUGUCAAUAUACCUGACCCCUAUGAUCUCUGAUAAUGAAAAGUCACUAGGACAGACCCCAAAGUUAUUCAUAUACAAUGUAACUGCAUGUAAUGCACUAAUGUGCUGAUUGAGUCCGCAAACGUUCUGGGAAUGAGCUGGAAGCUUCGACCCUUCAUUCCACCAGAUUCUCUCCAAUUUCCCCAUGUGCAUGAAAUACUAACUGACUCCUUCAUUCAAUUGUAAACAUGCAAGUAUUGUUUGUGGUGAACUUAAAAGUCUUUUUUGUUUACUAGAUGGUGCUGAACUGUUGCUUGAUCUUGGAUUACCUCCAGGAAUCAUUGGUAAAGAAGAAUAUUUUGUAUAUAAUAUGACUGUUUAUGCAGUUUUACUCAAGGCCAUCGGAAUAAUUUCCAUUUGUAUAAGCAAAACACACAAAAGAACUAUUGAUUUACUUCCGACGGCCUUGUUACGUAAUGAUUGAGUCAGUUCAGAAUUAACCCAAUAAAAAAGUGGGUGCAUACUGUAUGGAAGUAAUUAUGCAGCUUGGGAGAUGUUUUAUAUCCUAAUAACACCUUUAAAUUAAGGCCAUUCAAGCCCCAUGUAUCUGACCACGCCCAUGAAACUGGGUAUCACCAGCAGCCAACAGUACAGAGUGUACUUUUUGAAUAGCUAGUUUUACAUCAUAUGGCUCAAAAGGCUGAUAUUGACAUUUAUAUAGUCAUUUAAUGCCAAUAUGCUAUUGUUUAGAUCCUUUAAAUCAAGUUUAAAACAGGCAGACUACAUCACUGGUGCACAAGACUUAACAAAUGAAACUGUUUGGCAUUAGACAGAGUAAAGGGCAAAUUGCGGCUUGAUGGGUUAGCAAGGCACAUUAAUGGCAGAUGGUUAAUGGACUAAUAUCUGGAGUUACAGUUAAGACAGAAUAAAAAAUAAUAGAGUCACUACAGGUGCAUUUAGGCACAUUGCACUAUUGCAGCUUAUUAUGGGUAUCUGGGAAUUCGCCUGGAUGGCUGCAUGUCAUAAGUUUAUGCUACAUAACGUUUUAACCAUUAAUAUUCACUGUGCACCAGCAGUAAAUCAGUCCAAUGCACAUACUACAGUAUACCUCUCUUAAUUACUCUAUACAAGCUGUCUUAUGCAAGACCACUUUGCUUUCUCUCUCUCUUUAAUUUAAUUAAUGUCUCCAUGAUCAGGUUACUUAAAUGGUCAUGAGAAUGCUUUCAAGCACUGAGAUAUUGGAUUAUACAGUACUGUAAGUUGAAAUAUUGUUAUUUUAUGUUAGGUGGUAUUGUUUUGCCUUUGCUUGGAGCAGUACCAGAUUCUGCUAUUAUCAUUGUUUCUGGAUUGAAACCAGAUGCACAACAACAGUUAUCUGUUGGUAUGGGGUAAGUGACCGACAAAUACUGUGCCUGCCUCGCCCCUUGAGUCCAAUAUACUAUAAUUACAGUAAAUAAAAUUUGUUGUUUUAGAACUCUUGCGGGCAGUACAAUCAUGUUAUUAACAAUUGCCUGGGGUGGCAGUUUGUUCCUGGGAAGAUGUGAUCUUGAUGAAAGCGGGGAAGCUAUUGAGGAGACUGGAGAAGGAAUUAACUGUAGGAAACAGGUAAUACAAUAAUAUAGUGGAUGGGUUUUUUGUUGAUUGAAUAUUAUAAAAUAAAGUUUGAUUGAAAAUUCAGUAACAUCAAGACAGGUAAUUUGUGGAAAAUAUUUUUAUAUAUAAUGUCCGUGAAAAUUUUUUUUAUCUGUCUGGAGGUUUACUGUUCCUAUAACCUGAGGGCUGGAGAAUAUACUGUACCUACAGUAUAGCCAUGCAAGUAUAAAACCUCCAGCCAGCCCUCAGUGACUCCAAUGCCGAGGAAGCCAUUCACAAGUGUUGCAUCAAUUCAUGUGGGAAAUUAGUAAUGAUGUUCGACUGGUUUUAACAUACGGAAUCAUGCCGAUUAUUUAUUGUGACUUGGAACACUCAGUAAUCAGUAAUUUCCGAUUGUUACAUGAUCAGACAUUAGUCACAUUAUCACCAACAAUCAACGUUGAUCCAUCGAGCCAUGCAAAUAAUAAUGCUUGGCAUUAUGGCUUGUCAUUGUAUGUGAUUAAUGUAUUAAUCUCAAAGUAUAUUUAUGUUUGUCCUUUAGGGAGUUAGUCUCCUUGAUUCUGUACAAAAAUCAGCAAUCAUCAUGCUCCUAACUUCACUACUAUAUCUGUAAGUUGCAAUUAGUAUUCGCUUCACGUGGCAGGGAUUCCAGGGAAGGAUGGUGUUAGUAUUGUUUGGUUUUUUCUUGGUGCCUUUCAAACCCAACAUGAAAAUUUGCAGUGCAGCUUUGAGGCAGAAAUGCACUCUUAUUAUAUUCGAAUCAUAGUCUAUCAAAAUAUGAUAGUCUUCAGAAGCCGGGCAUAUAUCAAAACCGCAAAAUAGAAGACCUUUGUUUUUGAUGUUGAACUGUACAGUACAUCGCCAUGCACAUAUCGUUUGUUUCUACUUCAUUAAAUAUUAUGAUUGUGGUAGCACGUUUCACUUUGGCUUGUUCCUAUUGGACAAUUUAGACUUCAUUAUACGAAAAUACAGUGAGCUCAAUCACCAUGCAGUUGUAUGGAGGGCCUGACUUACAACCAAACCCAGCUGGUAAAACGACUCUCCCCUUGGCUUAUUAAUGGCAAUAAUGGCGAAAUAGUCUGGUGUACCUGUACAUGUACUUACAGUAUAUUAUCACUUUCUUACAGCGUUGUUCAAAGUGCGGAUUGGCAUUGGGGUCCUAAGAAAAAUCCUGAGCACGGUGAUAAAACUCAACCAGAGUAUGUGAAAAAUUCUGCAUUGGCCACCCUUAUACUCUGUGCCAUAUCUUUUGUUGCCUACCUUGUCUUUUUGGUAAGUUCACUGAGUAUUAGUUACUGUAGAACGCCGCGUUGAACAUGUUACAGCAGCAAUCUGAGUUACAGGGCUCAUUUAUAUUUUAUGUGCCUGCGAGAAAAAUUCAUGAAUUCAAAAUGUGCUUAUCAUUAUUUUUGUGGGUUUUGAAGGCUAGAAGUGCCUGCGAGCAUAGACAAUCUACUAAUCCAGUAGACUAGAUUGGGUCUAUGAAGUACUCGUGCGCUGGGUUUUUUUUUAAGAUGUCUGCAGAGUUGGCUGAUCGCAAGGCCGGAUUUUGGUGGAAAUAAGUGGGGGAGGUGGGAAAAAAAUGAGGGGAGGUGCAGCGGUCUAGCUCACGACCCCCAUGGAAAGUUAGGGCUUAGAACGGGUCAAAGUCACAUAGUGUAUGUACAUAUGUAUCAAUGUAUUAAUGAAUUAUGGCAUUACAAUUACUACAAAGUUUCUUUCAAAACAUUGCAUUGAAAGGGUACUUGACACAGAGAGGAAUGAUUUUCCAGAAAAACGUUCUUACGAAAUGUAGACCCUAAGCAACCAAAAAUGUCAAAUUUUCACUUUGAUCUAUUAUUGAAACUUUCCCAGGUGAGGUGCAUGACCUUUCAGGGGAGGUGCAAAAAUUCUUAGGGGAGGUGCAAAUCGAUCUCAGGGGAAGGUUGCACCUCCCCACACCUCCCCUCGAAAUGUGACCAUGGCUGAUCGUGAGUCGAAUCCAGCGUUAUAUAUGGGAGGUACUGCAUAUAACUGAACAUUAUUUUGUUUGUGAUUGCAUAGUUGUACGACAACAAGACAGCUGAAUUAAGAGCAUUGAAACACCAACAAGAGGAGUAAGUUUGAUGGUAUUUUAUUAUGUGGACGAGCGCAAUGGACGACUUGCGCUUUAGACUAAAUUUUAAUCUAAGUAAGAACAACGAAAUAUAUCACCACAGCUAGAAAGAGCGUCUUGGAAUUAGUAAUAUUACAAAGUUUGGUUGCGAAAUGUUGUAAAAUACGGAAAAUAUACUGUAGCCCUUCAAAGUUGGCAAAUUUGUAUACAUUCCAUUUCUAUUACGUGCGGAAAUUGGUAACUAAUUUAGUUACCAAUUCACGCACGUAAUACAAAAGUAUUUGCCAACUUCGCAGGGCUAUAUUUUCCGUAUUUUACAACAUUUCGCAACCAAACUUUGCAGUUUUUCUAAUUUUGAUAACUUCUUUCCAAAAAUAUCCUUUGUUAUUCCCAGAUUAAAAAUUUUUCUAAAGCGCAAGUCGUCCAUUCACAGAAUCAGAUUCACAUAUUUCUUACGGAAACGUUUAAACCCUUUUAAGUUUUUUAUAUUUUACAAAUGAGUUAACAAGUGCACACUAUUAAAAACACAUCGGGGGCCUGUUCAUGAAUGUUCGUUUCCCCAAUUCUAGGAUUCGUCGCCGAGUCAUUCAUCGUUUCUAUGGCAUUGCAAAUCGGAACAUUUUUGGAGGCCCUCGUGACGCGACGGAUGGCGACGCAGGAGAAUCCGAAGAUCCAGAAGCUCAGAAGCAAGCUGCCAGUAAGUACUUGAUUGGCAUGGCGUGCAACGUGGCGGCCAAAUAAAUUACUUGACCUUCGCAGGAAAUUUUCUUGGCAUCUUAUGUACCAGAAUGCCAUUAUUUAAAAAUUCCAAAAGCAUUUUGCAAGUCGAGAUUGAAGCUGAGAUUGAAAUUGAUGACAUACUUAAUGUGCGGCAUCAUAUGUUCUCUGAAAUACACAUAUGCAGGAAGUUUUAUACUUGCACGAGAAUUUUUUAUCUGCAUGCGCGUAGCGCUAGAUACUAUGUUGUCGAGUUGUGUAGGUGGACUAAUUAGGGUUGUACGCCUGCGAACAGGCAGUAAAACAAAUAUGGCGGCUUUCUCGUAGUUACAUGUACGCCAAGCGUACCUAUUUUUCUGUUUGGAUUUUGCUGUCAGGAAGAGAAAUAUAGUUUUUCUAGGUCUGCUCUGUACUAUAGUUGCGUGUCUUUCAUUUAGUUGGACUACAGAAGAAAUACUUCAAAACCUGGCAGGUUGGCAAAGACAUCAAGCCAAAAGAACCAUCAGAAAAAGAUCCUAUCAUUAACAAAGAAGCUGAAAACGAACUUGAAGAGGUAUCGCAUCUUUAUGUUGUUACAUUUUUGUUGUAGAGAAUUUACUUUGAAUUGAUUACAGAGCUCAAAAUAAAGACCGCUCAUGACCGAUCACAUUUUGGCUCUGGGAACGAGAUUGACUUUUGAGAUGUUGUGGAUCCUUUAAAUAUUAUGUCAAUUUGAAAUUAAGGAUUUUGUGGAUAUUGAACUUUUCGUGUAUGAAUCUUGCUGGUGUAUCACCUAGAUAAUAUCUAAAUAUCUACUAGACUUAGCUAUAAAACGUGCUUUAUAUGUAAUUAAUGUACGGAUGGUACGUUUUAGCAACCCUGCCGUGUUAUUCACUUAGGUGGUCUAGCAAUGUGAAGCACUGUUGAAGUAGUUUAGUUGAUGAUCUGGAUUUUCUAUCAUUCUUUAGGCUGCCGAACAAGAGGAGAACAAAGUACUUACUGCAGUCAAAUGUUCCUUUAUGUUAGCUGGUGGUGUUGCCAUGGUAAGUAUAGACUCAGACUACCAUUAACCAGGCUGAUAUGUUAUUGUAGGCAUCGCGACUUUAGAUUCGGUGUGUGAGAUUGUUAGUCUGUUAGUUUGUUCAGAAUCAUAAGCCUUUGUUGUUCAGGACUGCAAAAAAAUAUUUUAUUUUCUGGGACCAAGCCAACGAAAACAUUUUCUGCAAGUAAACGACAGUAAAUCUUAUCGCAACUAAAUAAAAUUCAGUGUAUUCUGUAGACAAAUUCUAGACCGAUUUCGGUCUUGAAACUGGACCUUAUUCCAACAUUGGCUACGGAAUAAAUACUCUCUUAUGUUAUAAAUUAGCCUUCUCAUCUCUCCCUUGUGUAUUUUUGUCUUUAUAAUCUACAGUAUACUGUAGUAAACUCAGUAAUAUUGUCACUAAAAUUAGUAUAAUACAGUAAUUAAUACUACUGCAGUAUAAUUAUUUCCUUUAAGACAUUUUACGGUUUUGCCUUCCACAUUUUUUUUCAGCCAAUCUCAAACAUUUUCUGGGACCAAUUGUCCCAUGGUCCGCUACAUUUAUUUUGCAGCCCUGUUGUGGUUAUGCAAAAAUAAUAUGUCUUCGCGCAUGUCGCCAACUCAACUUUUGCGCGUGCUCGAAGCAGGCCUCGAAUUUCCCUGAAAUCAAACAACGGCAAUGGCAUUAAAAAUUGCCGUAGAACGUAACAGCUGUCUACGGCAAUUUUGGCAGUUUCCACGGCAUUUUUUCAAAUUAUUGUAACAAAAAUUUAAUUUUAUUGUUAAUAUAGUAAUUUAGUGAAUAGUAUAAAAAUUAUACUAUACGGCAAAAAAUUGCCGUCGUUUCCGCAAUGAUCCAUGGCAUUUUGUACUCCCUCUACGGCAAUUGCCGCGAUAAAAUUCGAGCCCUGGCUCGAAGGCACCGCACUGUACUACUAUGUAUACGUAAUUGUAUACGUAACUGUAUCUCCGGUUUUUCCGUAGGUGACGAUAUUCUCCGAUCCCAUGUGUGAUGUUUUGAGCGGUAUUACGGAUCCAGCGAAUGCCAAGAGUGGCGGCAGCUACAUCGCUAUUAGUCGUAAGUUUUAAACAUUCUAUGAAUUAGCUGGAAGGUUUACAAUAUAUAGACUCCCUGGUCGAACGAAGAUGAACGAGCAACUAUCGCUCGCGUUUGAACGCAAACUUUCGCCGACUCUGUUUGCUGUCUUCAAUCUUGAGCUGGUUCAAAUUUUAAUGAGAUUUGAUGAAACUUUUUGCUACGAGCAGUAAUAUCUAGUCAGAGCAAGUGCCUUUCACCUGUGAGAUUCUCUCGCUGCCCGCUCAUGUCAAAAGAAUCGGUCAAUGCUCAAAAGUCGUGGGUUUUCUUUUGGACGCUCUGGUUUCCUCCCACAGGGAAUGUUCAUAGGGUGGGUUGAGAUAAACACAGUUAAGAAAGUAAUAUCACAAUUGUUGUAAAAAGAUAAAAUAGUCUAGGUUAAGCAUGUAACAGGGUGCGAUAAUUCAAUAUUUUUAGCCGUACUGACUGGUACUCCAACAGUUUUUGCCGAGUACUUGAGCUGGUACGAACUUAAAAGUCAAGGUGUACCUACAGCAAGGCUACUUCCGAGUUUUGCGUUUUACACAUACGUAUAUAAUGCACGGUCAUUGACGGAAAAAAUUAAACCUUUCUGAAUUUUAUAUAUUUAUUCAAACACUCAUUAAUAAUUCAUAAGCUUAUUGGCAAAUCAUGUCGACUAUAAUAUGUCACGUGCAGUGGCUUUAAACCUGAUAAAACACUCCUAAUUAGUAUUCUUUAUAUAAAGAAUACUAAUAAGGCAGUAUCUAUUGUUGUCGUGUCCUCAUUAGUAUUUUUUAUAUAAAGAAUACUAAUAAGGCGGUAUAUCUAUUGAAUUUGUAUAGUCGUGUUUGAAGCCGUUUAAUAAACUCGCAGGUCGUGUUUUAUUAGGUCUAAAGCCACUCGCGCAGCGCGCUCGUGUCUUUAAACCUAAUAAAACACUCCUGCUCGUUUAUUAAACAGUACAUAAACACUUAUAACAAAGUUAUAACAACUUGUUUAAUCCCAAAAUAUGUCGGAUGUGUGGGAUUUACAUUGUACAGCUAAAGUUAUUGACGGUUUUGAAUACCUUGGAAGGUUUGCUAGUUAUUGCUAGAAGGGAAAUGUAAGUACGCGAAUAGCAAAUUCUCGUGUACCUACGUGGUACUCGGCUAAAAACAAAGAAGUAUCAGACCGUAAUUUUGGCGCACCUCUGGUACGUUGGUACGCAAAUUAUCGCACCCUGAAUGUAAUUAUAUGUGUAAGCGUAAUAAUUAGCUAUUCCGAAGUUGAUGAGAGGACUGGGGACGAGUGUUAAAAAUUGCCCAAAUUAACAAAUGAACCAAAUCACUAAAAAGACUACCUCAAAAUUAGUAAGUAUGCAAAGUUUGAAGAUGUUUACAUGAAUACCCUUCGAAAAAUAAGCUUUCGAAAAUAGUGAAAUUACUGAUUAAAAGAUUGUUUUUGGGACACGCGUCCCAAAAACUGAAAAAUUACCGUACAUUUCAUAGUAAAUAUCGCGAUUUUCGAAAGCUUAUUAUUCGAAGGGUAUUCAUGUAAACGUCUUCAAACUUUGCAUACUUACUAAUUUUGAGGUGGUCUUUUCAGUGAUUUGGUUCAUUUAUUAAUUCGGGCAAUUUUUAACAUUCGUCCCCAGUCCUCUCAUCAACUUCGGAAUGGCUAAUUGUGUAAAGCACAUUUGAUCAUGUACGCACAUGUAAAUUUACGCUAUAGCAGUGUUAAAUCUUAAAAUUGAAAUAUCCCAAACUCGUGUCUUUGGGAAAUUUGAUCAACUCUCCUAUACAGCACGAAUUUUUACCCUCUUCCAGCGUUCUACGUGUCCUUUGUUGUUACACCGAUAUGCUCGAAUGCCUCGGAGCUUGUCUCGUCUCUUCUCUUUGCCGCUAAGAAGAAGAAGGAAAACGUCUCCAUGACAUUCUCUCAGGUGAGAAAUUUUAUUGCUGGAAACUCGCAGUUGUUGUACUCUAGUUCUAUUUCCACUGAACCGUUUGCUUAGCAUUACACACGAUGACAAUGAUUAAUAACUCCAAAAUAGUUUUUGUGUGUGUUGUGUUAUGUACUCAAGAGAAUAUAUGUUUGUGGUGUUACUCUGAGUUUGCCUGACCACGGUGGGAAUCGAACCCGCGACCUUUGGGAUACUAGUCCAAUCAAUGCUCUACCAACUGAGCUACAGGUGCGAGGUCAAGUCAGUUCGAGUUGGUGAUAUUUCGGAACUGAGUCUAGUUUCUUCUAUAUCAAUGUACCUGUAUUGAUAUGAUAGUUUUUGUGUGUGUGUCGUGUACUCAGGUGAAUAUGAUGUUUGUGGUGUUAUUUUGAGUGUGCAAAAUAAAAUAAUUUUGUUUUUAGUUGUACGGAGCAGCCACGAUGAACAACACUCUGUGUUUGGGCAUUUUCUGUGCACUGGUCUACUUUAAGAACCUGGAGUGGUAUUAUUCUGCAGGUGGGCUAUACUUUCAGUACUCGAUGAAUAUUAUUUGCCUUAACAAUUAUUGAAUGAAGUUGAGCGUGCUAUUGAAGAAUGGGGUUGAUAACACAAGCUGAGGGCUUCAUAAUUCUUCAUAUCUUGCGAAAACAGAAUUCAUUAAUUGUUUAUUAACAUUAUGACAUCACUCCGUUGGAUAUGAUUUUUCAUAUCAACGUUAUGAUGUCACUUCGUUGAACAUCAUGUUAAAACUCCAUAUUUGGUCUAAACUCCAUAUUUGGACAGCUGUUGUGUUGAUAUGACUAUUUCAUAGUUGGCUGUUAGCCAAUCAGAGACCAUGAACCUUUUUAAAAAAUACAUAUUGAUCGCAAUAUGAAUAUGAUCAAUUUCUUCAUUGCAGAGGUGACGGUGAUCUUGCUUGUGGAAUGGUUUGUGUUUAUCAUGGGUUACCCAUUGACCUAUAAGGUAUUUAUUAAACAUACGUUUUAGAUUUUAACUUUGUAGAUAGUUUUUAGAUCAAUUAUAGAUACUGUAACUAUGAACAUUACAUAUAGAUUUUAGACUACAUAUAACUAUUAUAUAAAUUUUAAAAAGUGCGACUAACCAUUAGGUAUGUGUAAUAGUUGGGUCAUUCGAAGAAGAAAUGUAAUAUAUCUUUAUAAUAAAAAAUCCCAUCUUGAUCGACUUGUUCACUGUCAAAGUUUCCGGAUAUGAUAUCAUUAGAGGAAUUGCAAAUUAAUUUUCCUUUGUUUUUUUGUACCACAAAAAUUCACCUAACGACAUCAUACCUAAAACUUUGACAAUGAAAAAUUUGAUCAAGAUGAGGUUUUUUACAUAUAAAGAUACAUUACAUUUCUUCUCAGAAUGACCCAAAUAUUACACAUACCGAAAAUUAUAUUUGAGAUUAGUCGCACUUUAAGACUCGUUUAUAGGAUAGAUUUCUUCAAAAUUAAUAAUAUACAGUUCUUAUUAUAUUAUCUUUAUGUCAUUUUGAUAUUUACCUCCGCCAGGAGGUUAUGUAAUCAUCUGGGUUUGUAUGUGUGUGUGUGUGUAUGUGUGUGUGUAUGUGUGUGUGUAUGUGUGUGUGUGUGUAUGUGUGUGUGUUUGUCUGUGAGCACGAUAACUCAAGAAAUACCAAACAUAUCCGUACGAAAUUUUUUGAAUGCAUUUCCCAUCGGCUAAGGAAGAACUGAUUAAAAUUUGGUUGAAUUUGGUUAAAAAUUGAACGAGAAAUGAACAAAAUUUUGUCUUGCUUUUUCCGGUCAAUUAACAAAAAAUAUUACUGAAUGCGUAAUUAGGACAUGUAUAAUUUAUGCACUCAGUGCUAAGACAAUAAUGAGAUGAUAAACCUCAUUAAGCUUCGGCCUUCAUUAUCUAUUGUCUUAGUUGCAUUUCACGCGAUCGAAAUUCAAUGUCUAAAACAAGGCUUACGGAGUUACGCAUUAUUACGUUCAGCAAAGUGCCAGUCCAUUCAAAUUCUAACAACAUUAGAUUACUUCAAUACAGGGUGUAUAAAAGGAACGCAACCUCGGAAUUUCCCAAGAAAUCGACAUUGUUUUAAAGACAAAAGAUUUUAGCUGCCUGGGAAUUUAAAAUAGCACAACUGUGAAAAUUACUGCACGCGCGAGUGCAUAAAGCAAAAUUUGUGCAUUUAUUUAAUGACACUUAAAAAGUUUUUAUUUUACAAGUACUGUACAGUAGAGUACAACAACAGUAAUAUGUUCUAUUAGCAAUUCGAUUUCAAUUCGCGGGGGCCUGAAAUCUUUUAUGCUUAAGAAUUAUAAAGUGGAUUUCUUAGGAAAUUCCAAGGUUGCGUUUCACUUCCGAGUAACGGGCGGAGGUAUGCAGUCUCUGAGUGCCCUCUAGUUUUAUAUAUGUUUUGUUUCCCCUUUAGUUAUGGAAACUCGUUCCAGUCGCAUUCUGCUACAUAUUUUCCAUUAUCCUGGUCGCCAUCUUGGAAAGCAGUGCAAUUGGAUGGAAAUAAACCAUCACUUGUGUAGAUUUUUACAAUUGGAACGGUAACUAUAGUGAUCGAUUUUAGUUCACAACAUGCAAUAACAUCAACAACAAUAACAACAACAAUAAUAAUUUAUUUGUACCUUAAUACAAUAAUUUACAUGGUAUAAUUACAAUUAUUAAAAUAAUAUAAAUGAUAGGCAGAGGCUUCGAGAAAUAACCUUAAGAGGCUAAAAAUGCUACGGAGCCCACUUUGCAGAAUUUUGAUAUUCCGAUAAUUUUAAGGUCGAAGACUCUAUGUAUCAAGGUGCAAACACAUGCAUAGGGGUAACAUUCAAAUCACAACCUAUAACAAGAACGGUUUGAAUACAACAAAACACACACAGAGUGCAGCACACCGAUCUACUGUACAUUAUCAUGCAAUUUUUAAAGGUUAAAGCAAUCGCGAGCAUAUAGUAUACCACCAUGCAGUAACUUCUAAAGUAUACUAUUAACCGCAAACAUUUUUUUGUGUGUAUAAAUGUAAUAUUUUAGUCAUUGAUGUCAUCAGAUGAAUUGCAAAUUUUUAAUAAUUUUCCGCGGUUUUCUGAUGACAUACAUAACAUAACAUAACAUAACAUAAAUUUAUUCUUAUAGGCCACAUAUGAGAGUUGAGAGGUUAAACUUACAUAUAACAACUUUCAAAGGAAAAUUCUAACAUAAAUAUAGCACUACAGUAGUUCCUACAAUUUUAGUAAUAAAUAUAAUAUUUAUAUAUAUAUAUACAUAUUAAAUAGUUAAGUGUUGUUUCAAAUGGUUUUUGAACUUAGGUGUUGUUUCAAACGGUUUCUUUAAUAUUUAAGUGUUGUUUCAAACAGUUUUUAAACACAUUAAUGCUAUCGGAUUCUACGAUACUACUUGGUAAAUUGUUCCAAAGUCGUAUAAUUCUAACAAAGAAAGAUAUUGUAAUGUCUAUUUCAUACCCAUUUACAGAUUCUUUUGACAGACCCUGAUCCUGCCAAGGGUUAGGCCACUACAAGUUAAUCUUUAGUUUCUGGUCCACCGCCCGCGUCCUUUGUCCGUAAAGUAUUAUUUCAGGACUAUUUUGUUAUUUACAAUUAAUUUCUAGUUCUUGAAAAUUUUAGUGAAGGAUUUAACUUAUAGAACGAUAAAUAUUCAAUUUACACUAAAAAGACCUAUAGCACAAUGUAGUAUUGAAUGGUAAAAACCGCUGUCUUAUCGUUAUUACGAGGUAAAAAAAACUAGAAAUAUUAAUAGAUCAUUUUGAUAUGUAAAAUCCUUUAUAAUCUGUCAUACAUGUCGAUUUAUAAAUAAUAUAAAUGCAAUUUAUGUAAAAUUUCAUAACAUUUUGAUACAACUGGCAUGAAAAGGGACAAGAAAGACCACAAAAAUGUGGGCAAAGCCACAAUUGUAAUGUGUCCUAUAGUCCUAACCACCCGCCUGCCCGCGUCGUAAACGAAGGUAAGGCCGGACCAGAAACUAAAGAUUAACUUGUAGUGCAUGGCCUUAUGCAUACGGAAAAAAAAUGUUACUUAUGAUUGGCUCUUGAAUGAAUUACAGUUCUUCUUAUGAUUUGCCCAGCAUAAUUAUUGAAAUAGAGCCAUGCACAAAUAUAUGUAAAAGUGACGUAACUCGGUCUCAGGACACCUUCGCUGAGUAACAGUAAAAUUACACAUAAAGCGAGGAAAUGUGUGUAGGGGGAAUUAGAUCGGAAUGUCUGUGGUAUGAACAGUAAUCAGUAUAUACAAUUGCAUAGUUCAGUACCCUGAAUUGAUCUUCGGUGAAAAAUAAUGUAAUUUUAUCUUUUAUUUUUUUUUUUAGAUUUUGUCCUCGAUGAACUACAGCACUUAAGUUUUUUAUUAAUGUUUUUGAAUGUGAUCCACGAAGAUUUGUGAGGAAAAGAAGUUGGCCUGAUACUCGGGUUGCAAGCCGUGUGAGCCAUAAUGCACUGAUCAGACCAGACAAUGAAACUGAUCUUUUAUUCCAAUAUAGGCCUAUAUGUAAUAUCGCCCAUACAUUUUAUACAAACAGUCCCCACUACGAUCUUUCUAUAACGUGAAUUUAUUUGGAAUUUGGCGUACUAAGCUCAAUAUAUGCCAUGAAGAAUUUAAAGACCAUGUCAAGUCCGUUCUGCGCAUCAGUUCUGCUCAUAACAAAGGGAGAUCCACAGAUAUAAACAUUGCCCAAAUUUUGCAUCUUUCGAACUUUUUUGAAUUGAAACGUACUCUAGUUUAUAUUCAAAAGCGGACCAGAAAAGUGUUCGAUAUUCAUGCAGUUAGUAUGUCUUAUUUUACAAAUAUAGCAGUUCAAAAUGUAAACAAAGGAUUUGUUUACAUUACGGACUUGACAUGGUCUUUAAGCUUAAUUUAUCUUUGUAAUCUUUUUAUCGAAGACCAUUUAUACCAUACUGUUGUGUAAAUUCGAAGAAUAUACUAAUGUUUUUGUGUCUACUGUA